AGGCCCAAGAGUAAAACCGAAUAAAAACUCAUUUUGGCCUCCAUCUUUCACUAACCCUAAUUCUGCCAGUGCCUCAUCAACACACCUGCUUCCGCACAAGCACCCAAAUUCUUUGCAAAUAUGGUGAGGGUUAGUGUUUUGAACGAUGCACUCAAGAGCAUGUACAAUGCUGAGAAACGUGGAAAGCGCCAAGUUAUGAUUAGGCCAUCUUCAAAAGUGAUUAUCAAAUUCCUUAUGGUCAUGCAAAAGCAUGGAUACAUUGGAGAGUUCGAAUACGUUGAUGAUCACAGGUCUGGCAAAAUUGUCGUGGAAUUGAAUGGAAGAUUGAAUAAGUGUGGUGUUAUUAGUCCUCGUUUUGAUGUUGGUGUCAAAGAGAUUGAAGGAUGGACUGCUAGGCUUCUUCCCUCAAGACAGUUUGGGUAUAUUGUCUUGACUACCUCUGCUGGUAUCAUGGAUCAUGAAGAGGCUAGGAGAAAGAAUGUUGGUGGUAAGGUGUUGGGUUUUUUCUAUUAGGGUAUGAAGAUCGCAUCCAAUUUCAGAUUUAUUUCAGAUUUUGAGAAGUAUGAGUGUUUGGGAUCGAAUACAGUUUUUUUACAUGGUUAUUGUAAUAUGGAUUACUUAGGAUUGUAAGCUUUUAAUUUGUGCUAAAUUGAAUUUUGGGUAAUCUUGGUCUUAUGCGUUUCUAAGAAACUAUUAUAUUCUGGUCCCUAGCUUCUGUGUUUCAAAAUUGUUGAGUUUUUAAUGACUCCAAAUAAUUCGUCAA